AUGGCCAGUACAUUGAACCGCAUGGUCUCUGCAACAGCGUGUCGCCUGCUGCAUACAUUCUAUCGCUCUGCCAGGCCUUCCUUGACUCUCAUCUCAUCGACAACUUCACGCAGAUCGAUUGCUGCGGAGUUCCACGCCACAGGUCGCCUUUCGGCAGACUCACCUAAUGUUACCAAGGCUGUACAAGAGCUGCAAGAGCUAUUCGUCGAGGCGAAGGAUGAGUACGAGACAGCUUUAGACAGUGCAGGGACGACGUAUGCAGCGGAGGAUAAUGAAUUGGCGCGGGAGUGCGCGCAAAAGCUGAAAGAGCGCUACGAUGCCCUCAUGGCUGACUCAAGUACACUCAACCAAAAGGAGCAACAGGUGGUCAAGGAGAAGCUGUCGGCACGCGUCAGGGAAUUGGUCAAUGGCGUUGAGAACAAUCUGCAUGAUCACUAG